CUCGGGCGGCGGGAAGAGGCGGCGAGAGAAUGGAGGCGCGGGAGAGCGGCGCUGGCUCCGGGGAUUGUGGGGCCCAGGACCCUGCCCCGGCCCCCAGCAAGGCCCCCGGCAGCGCCGGCCACUACGAGCUGCCGUGGGUUGAAAAAUACAGACCAGUAAAGUUGAAUGAAAUUGUCGGGAAUGAAGACACCGUGAGCAGGCUGGAGGUCUUUGCAAGAGAAGGGAAUGUGCCCAAUAUCAUCAUUGCUGGCCCCCCAGGAACUGGCAAAACUACCAGCAUCCUGUGUUUGGCACGAGCCCUGCUGGGCCCGGCCCUCAAGGAUGCCGUUUUGGAGCUCAAUGCAUCAAAUGACAGGGGCAUUGACGUUGUGAGGAACAAAAUCAAAAUGUUUGCCCAACAGAAAGUCACCCUUCCCAAAGGGCGACACAAGAUCAUCAUCCUGGAUGAAGCAGACAGCAUGACUGAUGGAGCCCAGCAGGCCUUGAGGAGAACCAUGGAAAUCUACUCCAAAACGACCCGCUUUGCUCUUGCUUGUAACGCUUCGGAUAAAAUCAUAGAGCCCAUUCAGUCCCGGUGCGCGGUCCUCCGCUACACCAAGCUGACCGAUGCCCAGAUUCUUGCCAGGCUGCUGAACGUCAUCGAGAAGGAGAAGGUGCCGUACACAGACGAUGGCCUGGAAGCCAUCAUCUUCACCGCCCAGGGCGAUAUGAGGCAGGCGUUGAACAACUUGCAGUCUACUUUCUCAGGAUUUGGCUUCAUCAACAGUGAGAAUGUGUUCAAGGUCUGUGACGAGCCCCACCCCUUGCUGGUGAAGGAGAUGAUCCAGCACUGCGUGAGCGCCAACAUCGACGAGGCCUACAAGAUCCUUGCUCACCUGUGGCAUCUUGGCUAUUCCCCAGAAGACAUCAUUGGCAACAUUUUUCGAGUGUGUAAAACCUUCCAAAUGGCAGAAUACUUGAAACUGGAGUUUAUUAAGGAAAUUGGAUACACGCAUAUGAAAAUAGCGGAAGGGGUGAACUCCCUUCUGCAGAUGGCAGGGCUCCUGGCCAGGCUGUGUCAGAAGACAAUGGCCCCAGUGGCCAGUUAGAGCAGAGAACUCACUCGAGAGCCCCCGUUGCUGAGAGGCAGGAGUCUCGGCCUACUGAUUUGGAAACAGUGCUGCCUUGGGCCGGCCCUGAAGCGCGUCUUGCUGGCCUGCACCUUGCUCCCAGCACACCGCCGGUGCUCCUCAGGCAUUUACACUCAGCCUCAGACGCGUGAUGGGGUGACAGCGUGGAAAGGCCCAGGGCAUGGCACCUGAUCUGUGCGUGUGUUGGCAUUUUACUAAUAAAACUGUACAGUUUUGUCGGCAGAAAGGUGAAAGUGCAAGCCCGCAAGGAAA